GCUGCGCAGGCUGCCGGGGAAAAUGGCUUUCCGCGGGGGCAGCGGAGCGUGGGGAGUGGGGCUGGGCGCGGGGCUGCUGCUCCUCCUCGCCCUGUGCCCCCGCGCUGCGCCCGAGCCCGGCGCCGAGAGGGAGCCCGGCGGUGAGGCGGUGCCGGAGGGUGCCUCUACCUUGGCGUUCGUGUUUGAUGUGACCGGCUCCAUGUACGACGACCUGGUGCAAGUUAUCGAGGGGGCAUCCAAGAUCCUGGAAACGUCGCUAAAAAGACCCAAGAGACCCCUUUACAACUUCGCGUUGGUGCCUUUCCACGAUCCAGAAAUUGGUCCAGUGACAAUAACCACAGAUCCCAAGAAAUUUCAAUUUGAACUCAGGGAACUUUAUGUUCAGGGUGGUGGAGACUGUCCAGAGAUGAGCAUCGGGGCAAUAAAGAUUGCUCUAGAAAUUUCUCUUCCCGGUUCUUUCAUCUAUGUAUUUACUGAUGCACGAUCCAAAGAUUAUAGACUUACCCAUGAAGUGCUCCAGCUCAUUCAACAGAAACAAUCACAGGUAGUGUUUGUGCUGACUGGAGACUGUGAUGACAGGGAGCAUAUUGGUUACAAGGUCUAUGAAGAAAUCGCCUCAACGAGUUCUGGUCAAGUUUUUCACCUGGACAAAAAACAAGUUAAUGAGGUGUUAAAAUGGGUUGAAGAAGCAGUUCAAGCCUCCAAAGUGCAUCUCUUGUCUACAGACCAUUUGACCAUGGCUGUAAAUACUUGGCAGAUCCCUUUUGAUCCAAGUCUGAAAGAGGUUACAGUGUCCCUGAGUGGUCUUUCACCAGCAAUUGAAAUUCAUGAUCCAUUAGGCAAGCAGAUCAGUAAAGGAUCAGGACUGAAUGAAUUGCUGAAUAUCCACAACUCUGCAAAGGUAGUAAAUGUUAAAGAUCCAGAGCCUGGAACAUGGACAAUUAAGACCUCGAGCAGUGGAAGGCACUCUGUUCGGAUCACAGGUCUCAGCACUAUUGACUUUCGAGCUGGGUUUUCUAGGAAGCCAACAUUAGACUUUAAAAAAACAUCCAGCAGACCAGUGCAAGGGAUUCCUACCUUCGUGCUGCUAAAUACCACGGGGAUCUUUCUUCCAGCUAGAGUAGACCGACUGGAACUUCUGAGUAUUACAGGGGAGCUCCUUAAAACCUUGCCUGUGAAAUACUAUCCUGACAGAAAGCCCUAUGGACUGUGGAAUAUUUCUGACUUCAUUCCACCAGAUGAAGCUUUUUUUGUUAAAAUAACGGGCUAUGACAAGGAUGAUUAUCUUUUUCAGAGAGUUUCGAGUGUUUCAUUUUCUAGCAUUACUCCUGAUGCUCCAAAAGUUACAAUGCCCACCAAGACUCCAGGAUAUUACCUGCAGCCAGGGUCUGUUCCUUGCCACGUAGAAAGUCUUAUACCUUUUACUCAGCGUUUUGCUAAAAAUGGACUUAAACUAGGAGUGGAUCAGUUCUUCAAAGAAUCAUCUAGUAUGAGUUGGGAAAUUGCUGAGGUCUCCUUGUCCGAUGAAGGCUUUUACGAAUGUUUGGCGACCAGCAGUGCAGGAACUGGACGAGCGCAGACAUUUCUGGAUGUAUCAGAGCCUCCACCCAUGAUUCAGGUUCCUAAUAACGUCACAGUUGUCCCUGGCGAAGGAGCCAUCUUGACCUGCCUAACUUUAAGCACGGUGCGUUACAACCUCACCUGGCAGAGAAAUGGCAGGAUGUGA